AUGAAAUUCACCCUCCUAUCCGCUACCACCGCCGCCGUCGCUUUUGCCUCCAGCAAAUAUGACGGCAAGCGGCUCAUUCGGCUCUCAGCCAACCACUCCGAGUGGUUGACCGACGACCAAGUGGAGGACUUAGCCCUCCGCGACAUCGGGUUCUUGGACGACACCGAUAGCGAGUGGACCCGCGUGUUCGAAUUGGGGGUGGCUCGCCAGGCCCAGAAAAGCACCCCCCAUGGACGUCUGCGCGGGUCCAGGGCAGUGGCGGCGGAGUAUGCGAAGGCCAACACAUCCGUGUACGCCCAGAUGCAGCAGGACAUGACGGGUUACGUCCGCCCUGGCACGACCCCCGUCGUGAAUUUGAUCUCCGACUUCAUCAACGAGAACCUCAACACGUUCUUGGAGAUGCUCAUCGCGACCUACGUGGGCCUCCCCGUGUCCCGUUCAGUGUGCGGCUACUACUGCUCGGACCAUUUCGCGUGGAACGUGACGGGGUACCCCUCAUCGUAUCCGUUUGAAACCGAGUUGAAGGACAAAAACCCAUACAUGCACUCCCAAAACGACACGAUCGCCACCAUCGAUUUUAACCAUAUGGCCGAUUUCACCAAGCUCUCGAUUGCGUACGUUGUUGAGCUGACUCAGGACAGCACCACGUCAUGCUAA